AUGAUCCGUUUGGGGUAUUCUGCCAUCUUCGUAGCCCUUGCUGGGUUAGCCGUUGCCGCUCCAGCGCCGCUGAAUCGUCGUGACGUUUCGACGGAGGCCCUAAAUCAACUGACCCUGUUCGCGGAGUAUUCUGCGGCAUCGUACUGCACACCCAAUAUUGGGUCAGUCGGGGACAAGCUGACUUGCGCAUCUGGAAACUGCCCGACAGUUGAGGCAGCAGACACGACAACGCUGGCUGAAUUCUAUCAGGAGAACGAAUACGGGGAUGUAGCAGGCUUCCUUGCCGCAGAUACAACCAACGAGUUACUCGUCUUGUCCUUCCGUGGGAGCCGGACGAUUGACACGUGGAUUGCAAACCUCGACUUUGGCCUGGAGUCGGUCGAGGAGAUCUGUAGCGGAUGCAAAGCCCACGGCGGGUUCUGGAAGGCAUGGCAGGUUGUUGCAGACUCGUUGACCUCAGCAAUUGAGUCUGCUACUGCCACAUAUCCCGGCUACGCCAUUGUCUUCACAGGCCACAGCUUUGGAGGAGCAUUGGCUACUCUAGGCGCAGCGCAGCUGCGAAAAGCAGGUUAUGCCAUCGAACUUUACCCCUAUGGUAGCCCGCGUGUUGGCAACGAAGCUUUGGCGCAAUACAUCACAGACCAGGGGGCAAACUAUCGAGUGACGCACACUAACGAUAUCGUUCCCAGACUUCCUCCCAUGUUGUUGGGCUUCAGCCACUUGAGCCCUGAGUAUUGGAUUACCAGCGACAAUGAGGUUACCCCGACGACGACAGAUAUCCAGGUGAUUGAAGGCGUUGGGUCGAGGGACGGAAAUGCGGGUGAGGCUGCCCAGUCAGUGGAGGCACACAGUUGGUAUCUGAUAGAUAUCACUGCCUGCCAGUAA